AUGAGUGGUAUCCAUCGGUUUCUGACGCGUCGCGACCGGCACAAUAAGUUGAAUAAGCAAAGCAAAGAAGAGGCAUCUAACAUACUUUCACGUCCUCUAUUCCAUGGAAUUUUCAAGUCAGAGACGACUCUGGCAGAUAAUGAUGAUCAUGAGAAGAAGACCAAAGCCCUUGCUCAACGAAUUAAACAACUUGGAAUCACUGCUUUAGAUGAAGAGCACAUCAAUUAUGCAUUGCAAACCACACAAGGCGACACAGAGAAGGCAUUCAGCCUACUACUUCUGCUGGAGGACUCCAUCGAGGGAAUCAUCAGGAAUUACACACCCAACACCAAGCUCUUAGGUGCAGAAAAUCGCCAAGGAGUAACAUGCUAUCUGGACGCGUUGUUGUUCGCCAUGUUUGCGCGCCUCGAUUGUUUUGAGGCCAUUCUCUAUAAAUCAUUUAAUGAUGAGCCUCGUCGAAAGCUUGCAAUCCUUCUGAGACUGUGGGUGAAUCUGCUGCGAUCGGGGAAUCUCAUCACUACAGACAUGACAAAACACCUGCAGGAUGCCCUAGCAGAGUGUGGUUGGGAAGAUGCGGCCAAACUUCAACAACAGGAUACUUCAGAAGCAUUCACUUUCAUUACAGAAAAGUUAGAACUGCCACUCCUGACUUUGAAGAUGGACAUUUAUCAUACUGGAAAGGAGGAUGAAAGUGACGACCAUAAGUUCGUCAAUGAGAGGCUUCUCGAAGUUGCCAUACCGCCCGAGCCAACUGACGGACACUCACUCACACUGGAAGACUGUCUGGAAGCUUACUUCAAUAACAUGAUUGAAGUGAAACGACACAUGGAACGACGCAACACCACUACCUCGAUCAGAUCGAUGGACUCACUCUCCAUAUCCAAAGGGUCUACCUCACAUGUUGAAACAGUGGAGAUUGAGACUACGCCCACCAUGUCUCGCGUUCAAACAAACACGUCGCGCGUUGAAAAACCAAACCCCUGGUCAUCGUUCAGUGAGUUCAGUGAAUCCCUCGAGGCAGCUCGGACACCUGGUCGACGUGGUAGUAUUGUUCGACAGCGGUUCUUUCCGGAUUCAAGUGACGAUACGAAGACCAAAGAUUCGAAUACGGAGAAAGAUACUAGUGCAGAUCAAGAUACUAGUGGGAAUACGCAACCACGAAGGGGUUCAUACAAGAAGGAAGUAAUGAUGCCUGCAUGGCAAUUUUUCAGUUUGAUACCGUGGUAUACCGAUAAUACACCAACAAAUGAUGCGCAAGUUGCAGCACACUUUUCCUCAAAACGGCCGAUUCUUGGGAUGUGUCUGAAACGGUAUUCCUUCUUGCCAGACGGGAGGGCAGUCAGACUCAAUACUCAUAUUGAUAUACCAACCGAGAUCGGCCUGCCUCACUUCAUCCAAGAUGACAACUUGGAUGCGAAUGCUCCUAUCUUUGGGAGCUUUAAACUCUCUUUGCAGGCUCUGGUUUGCCAUAGGGGAAAUUCGGUUGACUCGGGGCAUUAUAUUUCCAUUGUUCGAGGUACCAAUUGCCCCAAUACCGGCGCUCCUGUCACCACCGGCCCAGAAGACCCGGAGACAUCAAAACACUGGAUGCGCUUCGACGACCUUGCAGCAGAACGAGUGACACUGGUUGAUAUUGAUCACGCAUUGAAGACCGAAUCUCCUUAUCUUCUGUUCUACCAAAUUCUUCCGAUCAGCGAAGAUCCCUCUGCACCCAACAUUCCAAAUGCACCAUCGUCUCGGGCGUCAGACGGCAGUACACUAGGGGACCUAACAGAUUUCAGCCUCGAAGACCUUGCUUCUGACCGACCAAGUGUUGAAGUCACAGGGCCAUGCGAGACUAAUGCGCAAACUUUAGCCAACAUCGCAAGGCGAUCCAGCAUAGCAUUCUCAGAAACCAGCAAUCCGGCUGGUCUUCAGCCACGCUCUAUUCCAUCCUCAUCGCCUAGGCUGGCACCGACGGAAGAAGGAAGCACAAAGGGAAUAUCCUUUUCGCGCCGUGGGUCUCGAUCGGCCAGGAGCAAUCCCGGAAGCCGUACUGGCAGCCAAACGGGUGAAAAUAGAAUCAGUGCCACUUUUUCACGCUUUGCUGAACGGCUUAGUCGGGAUAAAAUUAGCAAUGACGGAUUUACGGAGGGAAAUGAAGGGGAUGAGUCUGCAUUAGAGAUUGAUGACACUGUGGAUGAUAUGAAACUUGGGCCAGCUGCCCUUGAGAGCAAGGAAAAGCGUGGAAGAGGCCGAACGAAGGAUCGCGAGAGGAAUAAAGGGAAGUCAAAGGAGAAAUCCAAGGAGAAGAACAGGAAAUUGGAUCGGGAAUGUGCAGUGAUGUGA